AGCGGGCCUCGCUCCAGACCCCUCCCCACCGCCUCUCGUGAUCGCUGCCGGCGAUGGGAGACCUGGAGGACACCAUCGAGGUCGUCGACCUCCCCAACUUUCGCCUCGAGGGUGCCUCGGCCUUUGACGUCGACGCGUCCGGCUCUGGCACGACCGCGGAGGUGUACACGAGCGCGACGGUGGAGCUGCCGGAGGUGGUGCGCCUCUUCGUCGUCUACUUCAACAAGCAGCUCAAGUCGGGCAACGUCUACGAGGUUCACUCCGCCUACGAGGCGACCUUCAACAAGCUCACCGACCGCCUCUACAAGACCUCCCCCUGGCCGACUGCCGAGGUCGUCUCUCCGCUUGUCGGGGGCGACGCCACCUUCCUGCUCCUCUACCGCGAGCUCUACUUCCGCCACCUCUACUCGCGCCUGACGCCGACCCUGCAGCAGCGGAUCGACUCGUGGGCGAACUACGAGGCGCUCUUCUCGCUGCUGCUCGACGGAGACGCGCCGGCAGACUUGGCGCUCCCUAACCAGUGGAUCUGGGACCUGGUCGACGAGCUCAUCUACCAGUUCCAGGCGUGGAGCAUGUUCCGCCAGCGGCUCAAGUCGAAGAGCGCGGAGGAGAUCGCCAUCCUCAAGCAGCGGACCGACGUCUGGAGCGUGACCUCCGUGCUCGGCAUGCUGCACCGGAUGGCCGAGCGGGGAAAGGAGCCGCGCUUCGCCUCGGUGCCGCUGUACGAGAUCGGCGGCUACUUCGCGACGGUGGGGCUGCUUCGGGUGCAGUGCUUGCUGGCGGACUACACGCUCGCGCUCAAGACGGUGGAGGCUGUCGACCUCUCCCGCAAGGGGCUCUUCACGAAGGUCACCUCGUGCCACAUCUCCGUCUUCUACUACGUCGCGUUCGCCUACCUCAUGAGCCGCCGGUACGUCGACGCGAUCCGCACGCUCUCGCAGAUCCUCUUCUACAUCGGCCCGCGCCAAGCAGGACCGCAGCCCGCAGCUGCGUACCGGCUGCAGCUCAAGCUCUUCCUGGCCGAGGUGAAGCAGCAGGCGAUGCUGCCCACCGUCCGCUCUCUCCUCAAGCUCUACACCACCAUCGGCAUCCCAAAGCUCGCGGAGCUGCUCGACGAGGCGCACGUGGCGGACAGUUCCCUCACGCGCCGCCACUCGGACUAUUUUGUCCGCCAGAUCGGGAAGCUCGACGAGAUCAUUGCGAACAUCAAGGCGCCGGCGCCGUGA